AUGACGAUUACUCCGCCAACAUGUGAGCCUCUGUGCAGGUUUACCGACAGGUUGUACUUCACGACGUUCCCCCAGCCCGCCCCUCCAGCCGAUGUUCUCAAUCGUUCCGCGAGCGCCGGCUCAACCCCCCAACCUCGAAUACGCGGGUCUCCAAAGGGCGAAGCACCGGUGACUCCUGAAGACAACUCUUUAUACUACUACUUUAUAGUCGACGAUUCGCUGCCAUAUCUGUCGUUCUACUUGGACUGGGGACCCUUGAACCUUGCGCAGGUGUACAAGGUGUGCAUCUAUAUUCAUGAGUUGCUGGAGGACGAGGAAAUCGCGAACCACAAACUUGUUAUGUACACCAGCAACGAUCCCCGGAAGAAGGCGAAUGCGGCGUUGCUUAUGGCCCUUUAUGUUAUGAUUGUCCUACGACGAGCGCCCUGGGAGGCUUUCCAUCCGAUAGCAGAGCUUGAGUUUAUGCCAUUCCGAGAUGCUGGACGCGGACCAUCAGACUUCAACCUCAGCAUCCAGGACUGCUUAUGGGGUGUCUGGAAAGCUAUGCAAAACGGGCUAUGCGAUAUGAACGAAUUUAGCGCCGAUGAAUACGAAUAUUAUGAGAAAGUGGAGAAUGGAGACUGGAACUGGAUAACUCCAAACUUUAUUGCGUUUGCGUCUCCGGUGGAUUUACUAUGGAUCAAGGAGGAAAAAGAAAAAAAGGAGUCGGAGAGGUCGGGAGCGGGGACGCCGGCGCGCACGAAGCCUGCGCCGACAAGCAUGAGAGGCAAGUUGACGCCUGCAUUCCAAAACUGCUUGGACUACUUCGAGAAGAAGAACGUCAAGGCAGUCGUGCGGUUAAACAAUCAGCUAUACGACAAGACUUUGUUCGAAGAGCGCGGCAUCAAGCACGUUGAGAUGUACUUCGACGAUGGUACUAAUCCGACUGAUGAGAUCGUCCGCCAGUUCAUCGACUUGUCCGAUGAGGUAGUGGAAUCGGGAGGCGUUGUGGCUGUCCACUGUAAAGCUGGUCUGGGCCGGACAGGAACUUUGAUAGGUGCAUAUCUCAUCUGGAAAUACGGCUUCACUGCCCAUGAAGCAAUUGGCUUCAUGCGUAUCCUGCGACCAGGAAGCGUGGUCGGCCCCCAGCAACAAUACAUGUACUUGAAGCAGCUGGAAUGGGUCAAGUGGGCAGCUGUCGACGAGAUGCUAAAGGCGCAGAAGGCCGCGGCAAUGGCUGCGUUCCCUCUUGUUGCACCAGCGACACCUCCAGCCGAGACUCGUGAACUGGAGGAAGUGGCGAUGGAGGUGGCCCACAUCCCUUCGAGGGACCUGCCACCUGUUACACCGAGCAAGCACGUUCUUGCGGGAACCGCGAAGGCAGGAGAGAUCACGCCACCGGGACAACCUCGUAAGACACCGGCUGCGAAGCGAAUGGCUGUCGACUUCGAUUCGGAUGACGAAGUCGAGAACGACGUCCUCCCUGCGCUGAACGUGGCGGCACCCAAGUCCCCCGUCAAGCGCAGCUCCCGUGGCCAUCGGAUGCCAAACUCAGAGUCUCGGGCGACUCGCAUAACGAGGUCCGCUGUUUCUCAUGGUAUGAAGGAAGCGGGUGCGGGUCUAGGACCGGUCAGGUCAACGACUGGACAGGGGCCAAACAAGAUCCCUAGGCUAGCUAACGGCUCCGCGGCUGAUGCUCCCGUUACCCGUGCCCGAGCGGCGGCGGCGGCUGCUGCCGGAGUGAAGACUCGUCGAGGGACCGUAACGAAAGCUCCUGGAACUCCAUCCCGAUUACCAACGCUUAUUCCCAGCAAGCGGGGACAUGCCAACUCGAAUUCUCUGAACGAAGUGGCUGCUGCCACGGUCAAAGUAACCGUUGUCGCUACCAAGGAUACUACCUGGGUGAAGGACAAUGCCACUACUGCGGUGGCUCCCGGGACGAAGAAGGAGAGGCCCAAUCUGAGACCCCUACGGCGGAGACGGAGCAGCUUCAGCUCUGCUGAUGUCGUGGCAUAGUCUUUUGGAUCUCGAUCUCGGACUUGUAUCUUCACCAUCGCAUAUUUGAUCUGCUCUGGGUCUGCUAUCCUCUGCCUCCACGCAUUUAUUUCCGAUUAUGCAUCUCUGUGUGAUAUACUGUCUUGUUCUUGCGUCUUCGCUGUGAAUAUUUGCAUUGUCUACGUGACACCCCCUUUUGAUUCAACGAUGCGUCCCUCCUUCAAAUCCCACCAGCCCCGCAUAGCGAUUACUUCCCACCAGUGCCGCUCCUUCACGCCCUUUGUUCUUUUCCUUCGAUCCUCAGAAUGCCACUCGGUAAUUAUUUGUAUAAUGGAGGCGUCCGGUUUCUUCUCUAUAUAUAACUGUAAUAUACUCGUUUGUAUGAAUAAAUUAUCUUCCAGCAUGUUAUACAUUUUAUUUGCUGUACAUUUUGGCUCACGAAACUCGCCGUGUAUCUAGACAGCUUUGGCCGAAUACUUGUGGACACACUCGAAGAAGAAGCGUAGGUCCUCCGGGUCUACCCCGGGAGUGAUCCCGUGGCCCAGGUUUGCGAUCCACCCUUUCGCAGACCCUCCCAUCUUGAAGCUCUCGGCCAUCCUCUUCACCUCUCUCUCUAUCGCCUCCCGACCGCCGUACAGGACGUUCGGGUCCAAGUUGCCCUGCAAGGCUACCUUGUCCCCGACGAUCCGGCGCGCCUCCACGGCGUCAAUACACCAG